AUGGAUAAGCGACCAUCAUUUCUUGGUCGAGGCCGGGGAAGGGGACGCGGAGUUAAGGAAAAUGACACAAAUUCAAGGCAACGGUCAGGACGAUUCGCCGGGAAUUUACGAUCCCAAGUCAACUUGCAUUCCAGUAGUAGGGGUUUAAUUACAGCUGGAAAAUCAUCCGAGACUUAUGAAGUUUCUAAGGAGAGAAUGGAAAAAGCAGAGGAAAUAAAGAAAGCUGCGAAAAGAUACAUGGAAAAAGCAGAGGACGAGUUUGAAGACUCUUCAGAAGACGAGGAGAUCAAUGACGAUGAAAUAUUAAAUAACACUUUGAAGAACUACAGGCAUACUUCUCAAGGUAUUGAUACAUUUUAACAUUUCAGCUGCUGUUUUGGCGAUUUUAUGCUCGGUAGAGUGCAAUGUACAAAGUUUGAUUGUUUUGGUCAUGAGGGGACAUUCCAUUUUUUAUCCGGGGGUUGGGGGGAUUUUUUCUCCAAAGAAGCCAAAGGUGCCGACAGAAAAAUAACCCUUCGGAUUUCAUACGUCCCCUAUCAAGUCGUAUGUAUUACACAAGAUAUGCCUCUGCCAAAUCACUGAUGAUUAUCUCAUUUUUUCAUGACAUCUGGGCUAUGAAAAUCAUGGGUUGUGUCAAUGAAUAAUAUUUGAAGCUUCAACAUACCCCCCUCCCCCGGGGGGGCGCAACCCCCCCAGGUAUUUGAUCUUUUUAGACAGGCCUGCUCAAAUUCCCAUAACAUUAACCCAAUUAAAUGUUGGCAAAAAACUUGCAACACAAAAUUCUAAUGCCAAAUUGCACUAAAAAUCACUGUUGCAAGUCUAAUCCUGUGUACCAACACCUUAAUAUUAUAAGGAUACAGCAGCAGACACUUUACUCUGCUGUAUAUACUGAUAAGAGAUCAAGAAACAAUAAUGACAACUUCUACCGAUUAUGAGGCAAAAUUUGCCUCGUAAACAGUAAUGAGACUUCAGGUCCUGGUUGUUCAAACACUGGAUAGCACUUAAUCCACUGGAUAAAUCACUAUCCAGUGAAUAAGUAUAUUAGUAAUGGUAACAGGACUGAGUGGAGUCCAAUUCGGUCUGUAAUCAUACGAGUGAUUAACAAAAUCGGACGACCAGGUAGCGGGAGUCCGAUUUGUUUAAUCUCAAGUAUGAUUUACCGAAUUGGACGACACGAAGUUCUGUUACCAAUUAUUAUUAAUCAUAACUUUAACAAAAUUUGUGAUAUGAUAGGCUAUUUUUUGAAUCAAAACACAAGAAAUUUGAAAUUUUGCUUUGUUAGCAGUGAAAAAAAAAGCCAUUUAAGCGCGCACGUGAUGGCGCGUACUGUCCAAUUACUUAGGCAUGACACGUACUGUCCUAUUAAACUGUCCAAUUAAGGCUGAAAUCAGGGCAGUUGAUGGCCAAUCAGAUUUGACAAUUUUGUUAUAGUUAUGAUUAAUAAUGGUAAUUGAACUGAGUGGAGUGCAAUUUGGUCUGAAGUCAUACGCGUGACUUCAAAAUCGAACGAGCGCGCAGUGCGAGUUUGAUUUGAAAUCACAAGUAUGAUUUCAGACCAAAAUUGCACGACACGAAGUUCUACUACCACUUUAUUACAUCCAUUUUGAAAUCGCAGAAUUUAGCCAGUACUAAUAUUUUAUUGGUCGAGUAGCCGGUUUGUUAAAAAGCCGAAACAAAAAGGCUUUUACCUCUCACUUUGUAUUCAAAACAGAAAUGAUGCGAUAUAGAACAAAAAUGGUGCGAUUUAAAACAGAAAUGAUGCGAUUUAGAACAUGAAUGACGUGAUAUGGAACAGAUGCGAUUUAGAGCAAAAAAUGGUGUGAUUUAGGAAUAAAUCACACUGCUGAGAGCCAAUCAGAUUGCACGGAUAGCGAGUGAUUUCAAAGUGGAUAUAAUAAAUAGGGAAAUCAGUUGUUAUUCAGUGGAUAGAGAUUUAUCCAGUGGAUAACGCUAUCCAUAUUUUGAACAGCUUGGCCAGAGAACUUGACUUUUUGAAUGUUUUGUGUUAUAACUGAACUUGCCUUUUGGUUACGUCAUUUUUUUUAUCACAACUUCUGUAGUGCAGUUAAAUGCAUUUAUUUUAUCUUCUAUUGCAGAUAAUGAAUCAGAUCUACAAAAAGCUGCGCAAUAUUUACUGGAAUCAUGCAAACCUGGUGCUAGCAUCUGUUUAAUUUGUAUCGCUUCCAUCAGGCACAUUGAUGCUGUGAGUUUUUACUUAAGUAGUUUUCAGUAGUUCGGACAGAAUUUUCAGGGAUGAAAGUUCCUAUGGCUCCUGAAACAGCAAGGGUAUAUAUACUCAGCAUUGCACGUCCAUUUGAUAUAGAGUGGAAUUUUCUUAGAACAAGGCACAUUGUACUCACCAUGCCUCAUUCACAAAACUACUAAUGAAGUUGAAACAUAAGAUACUGGUUUGAGGUGUAUAUGUUGUGGUUGAGUUUUAUCCUGGUGGAAAAUAACUAUAUUCCUUGUGUUUUGGGGUAUGUUAAUUUAUGAUAAAAUAAUAAAAAAAUUGGUUGUCCUUCGUUGCCGAAGAUGACUGUCUUGUAUUUGAGUUGAGGCCUAUCUUAAACAGGUUCUUGUGUGGGCAGUCAGACCCACUCGGGAUCCGCGGUAACGCUGACAAUUGUUACAUUGGAAACUGCUUGAAGUAUCCGCCGAAUGUCAUUGGACAUGGGCGCUGAUAUUCUUGCUGGCACUGCUACGAUAACAAUCUGAACAAGGAUAAAAUUGAGCUCAACAAAGAAUACUUUCUACCCAUGACUCUCUCAAACAUUGUGACAUUGAUGUUGCCAUCAUCAUCAACAUCAUCGUCAUCAUUAUCAUCCUCACAAUCAUCCUCAUCAUCAUCAUCAUCAUCAUCAACUUCAUAAUCAUAUAUUAUUAUAAUAAUUAUAAUAAUAUCUGAUGAGGUUUAGUAUCAUCAAUUAUUUGUUAUGUCAUGAGGAAAAAGUCUGAAAAUAUAUUGUUCUUUUCAGGUGUGGACCUGUAGCCAGUGUUUCUCUACUCUACACCUUCAGUGUAUACAGAAGUGGGCCAGGGAUGGUGCUGCAUAUACUCAGUUGAAUUCUCAAGAAAAUAUAUCUCCAGCUGAUAUCCCAUGGCACUGGUAAAAUAAAUUUGAUAAUUUUAUCAGCAGUCAGGACUGUCAUCAAGGGCUGAGGGCCAAGGAUUUUCCCAAGGGCUACUAAGAAUGUGGCCCUUGAUUUCUUCUCUAGGUUAAUAAAGAGGAGAAUUGUGACAUCAUGUUACCAUCAUGGUAGCAAAAUUUCUGGAUCACAACAACUGGAGGCUUAACCAAUGGCGAUGGCAACAAGAAAGGCAAAAAAGCAAUAGGUUUAUAUUAGGACAACAAGAACUCUGCACAUGCAUCAUGCUUAUGUACAUGUCUUAGCCAUCGUUGCACAAGUGAGCCAUUCACAUGAAACUUCCUAAUUUCAUGGCCCACUUUAUGGAGUAGGUGAACAGAACACAAAAAUUUUCUUUUUCUUAACAUGGAUAUGGUCAUUUUGGAUUCAACCCCAGAAAGUUUCGCCAAUAUUUGACAAAAAAUGAUAUUUAAUAAGAUGGAUGGAAGUUUGAAGCUGUGCAAAUUCACUUUUUAAGUGAUGUUUUCAGUUUGUUGUCAUCCAAAAAAAUUUGCUACCAUGGCAAUGUGAGGUGAAGACUUCUCCUCUCUAUAGAAGAAAGAUAAAACCACCUUGAUUCCCCGCCUACUUGUUGUAUUUACCUGGCGUUUUAAAAUCUUAGUGGCAGCCCUGAACAGUAUUCUGAAAUGCCAGCCACCUCUUUGCCCCAGCCUGAGAGAGUCUCUUGCUUGGCUUCCUGUUGAGGGGUGGAGCAAAACGAUGGCAGAUAUUUCAUGAUCAGACUACCCUGAAUAGUUAAUAAUUUACAUGUAUGUGUCUAUGAUUCCACAGUAUUGAGGUCAGGUGACUUUUUCUUAAUUUUAGCCCAAAGUGCAGGUAUGAGUUCAAACAAUCAGAAUGUCCCACAAGAUAUUACUGCUUCUGUGGAAAACAGGUAACGACAUGUAUUCUAUUCCAGUUUGAAAAAUUUCACAGUUAGUGAACUCAAACCUGAGUAUUUUGCUUUUUGUAGGAAUUAUAUCAAUAAUAUUCAUUUGGUGCUGUCUUUUUUUAAGGAAAAUCCCUCUUUUGAUCCAUGGCUGACACCACAUUCCUGUGGCCAGUCUUGUAGCAAGCCUCUCAAACCUGACUGUGGUCAUGACUGCCUGCUGCUUUGUCACCCUGGUACGUUGCUUGUUCAUCAUUAAUUACACUCGUAAAAUUAUUAAAGUUGUGAUAUAACUAGUGUCUUUCUAACUUUUGAUUCUCUGGAUAAAAUUCUCUCAUGUUAUCAUGGCCAUUCAAAUUAAAUCUUUUUGGCAGAACUUUUACUUAGUCCAUAGUUGAUAGGCAAGUCAAGUUAAGAAAAAAUAACGUAAAAAUGCUGUACUACCUAUGUUAAAGUGCAAAAAAGGAGUAUAAAUGGCUACAGUGACAUACCACCAAGGCAACACUGUAAUGGACAUAGGACCUUAUCCAGGGGUUCGGGUGAGAAGCAGUAAACUAUUCUUCUGCAGCGCAGGUGCACCAUCCGAACUGUUUGAGGUAAUGUGAUGUUAUGUGUGACAUGAGAUCCCAUGAAUUUACUGUAUUUCAUAAUGCCUGCACUUAGCUGGAUUCAAGUGAUUGGUAGAAAUGCUUCAUAAAACACAGAAUUUUGCACCUUGUGAUCUCAAAUGUUGACAAACGUAAGAAAAAUGAAUAAAGAUAACUUUUAAACCGUAUGUUUUUAGCGUCGUGGUCUGUGUUUUUGUGACGUUUUCAGUUUCUUGAAACUGACACCCCCAACUAAUACAUAUGUAUUAACAUUUGGGAUCAAAAGGUACAAAAAAUUCUUUGUUUUAUGAAGCGUUUCUACCCAUCACUUGAAUCAAGCCGAGAGCAGGCGUUACGAAACACAGUAAAUGUAGUAGAUCACAUGUCAUGUGUGACAUCAUGAUGCCUGCAGUAGCUGCUUCAUGUUUUUUAAACCUCCAGCCUUGUUUGAUACCUAUAUGUAUAGUAACAAUCAUAAAUUAUUGCAGCCUGCUUAAUGUGUCCCUUGCAGGUCCCUGUCCUCCUUGUCCUAAGACUGUGCGGGUGUCUUGUCACUGUGCUGUGCAUCCUCCUGUUGUAAGACGCUGCAGUGCUAAAUUGUGGUCAUGUGGAAAACCAUGUGGGAAGCGCUUGUUUUGUGGUCAUCAUAACUGUGAGACACCAUGUCAUUCUGGUAUGUACUCAUCAAAAUAAAUAUUAUUGAUCCUUGUUUAAAUUCUUACUUGGAUUUGAUUAACUGCUAUGAAUGAAAUGGAUGAAGCUUCUUACUUAAUCUUUUUUUAUGAUUUUAGGUGAAUGUUUGCCUUGUCCUAAGGAAAGUUUACAGAGUUGUCAAUGCGGUAAAAUGAAGAGUAAAAGACCUUGUGCUAGCCCAGAAUGGCAGUGUGAACAGGUAGUGUCACUGAUCAUGCUUGUACAGUCCCAUCUCUAGUCAUAAGCAAUCACCCGCGAAGACUUGGUUUUUGCUUGAGUAAGGCAAUUACUGACAAGGAUCGACCCACUGAGUAAUUUUCAGCUUGUUUUUAAUUUUGAGCAGAUGCGUACAGUUACCAUAUUUGGAGAGCAUGGUGUAAUGGCUCACAUGCUAUGAUGGCUAAGCCAAUCAGAGCUCUAGAAUAAUUACAUUGUCCAAUGAUUCUGUUUUUAAUAAUUAUAUUUGGUAGCUGAUCCUGACUUUCAGUGAUACAGAGGGGUGUGUGGAGGAGAGUAAUAUUAAAGCAAUGGAAUGUGGAAGCAACUCACAAACAGGCCAAUGGCCUACCAUUGUAUUUGGAUCUAGUGUCAGAUGCCUAGGCAGAAUGAUAAUUUAUUUACAGUCAAAAGGUGGUGAUGAAACAUGCACUGUUGGAAGACUGACAUGUACGUGGAUCAUUACACAUUUCUUGGAAUCUGCCCACCUACCCCUCCCCUAAGCCAACAUUUUGGCCUAAGUGAGAAAUAAGUGUUAAUGUUGGCGUUAGGGAGGGGUAAGGGGGCAGUUUCCCAGCAACGUAUUAUGAUCCGUGUUUGUUGCUGUUGCUCUGACUGCAUACCCUAGGCCUUCUGUGGAAGUCUUUGGUCUUAAUAUGUACUUCUAAAUCCUUUUAGGUUUGCAACAAAGCCUUGUCGUGUGGUCAUCACCGAUGUGAGAGGGUGUGUCAUGCAGACAGCUGUGGUGAUUGUCCAAGAACAGGACAAAGGAAAUGUCCCUGUGGACAAACUUGUAAGUAAAAUAGCCAUUUUUAUUUAAACCUUUAUUUUUUUAGUGAUACAUAAACUUUAAGCAUAUAUGUUACAGGUCAAAACUAAUUUUACGUUAAAAUAUUUUAACCUUUGUCUUGGCCCAGCCAUAAUUAUUCAUGAAUAAGAGCUAAGAGACAAAGGUUAUUUUGAGACUCAACAACAUGAUUACAAAAUUUGGAUCAAUUUAGGUUUCUGGGAAACUGCCCACCCACCCCUUUCCUAAGCUGUCAUUAUGCCUUAAGUGAGAAGUGAGUGUUAAUGUUAGCUUAGGGUAGGGGUACAUGGUUAGUUUCCUAGAAACCUAAAUUAAUCCAAAAAUUUUAACCUGACUUUUGACCUGCUGGCUGCAACUUAAUAUUAUUAUUAGAUUAGGCCAUUCCUCUCAUUAUGAACAUUCAGCUUACACUGUACUUGCUAUUCAUCCUAGACGUAUACAGGAUAUAUAAUUCACAUAAUUUUAUAUAAUAAUGAUCUGUUAUGUAUACUUGUCAGGGCAAGGAUUCAGAGCUACAAUCAUGGACAAAAUUUUGGGGACAAAUUUGCAAAAUAUUGGGGCACUGUUUACAUAAUGCAUCCUUAAUCAAAAUGUAAAAUUAAUUCAUUUAACACAAAAUCUCUGACUCUUACAGCUGUUUCAUUGCCCUGCACUGAAGAUGUUCCAACUUGUGGUGGUACGUGUGAUAAACCCUUAGCUUGCGGCAGACAUAAAUGUACUCAGCAGUGUCACACAAGAUCAUGUGGCAUCUGCAGGCAGUUGGUGACCAAAACUUGUCGUUGUGGCAAACGUGAGAAAGAUGUCAUUUGUUCACAGGAGUUCUUAUGUGAUUUAAAAUGCCUUAAAAUGAGGCAAUGUGAACGGCAUCAGUGUAAGAGAAAGGUGGGAUUUUAUUCUUAAGAUGUCUGAAUUAUUAAAUGGAAUAAUUUGUGUGGAGAGAAAAAGGUUUCUGACUUCCAGAUGGCGAUUAAUCCCACAAUCUUCCAAACACUGAUCGGAUGCUCUAACCACUGCUCAAGCUACUGGAAACUCCAGUGAUGAGCAGGUCAUUUGUGAACUGACAGGAUGACUACAUCACACAGUCACAUUAUGACAAAAUAAUGCACAAAAUAACUGCAUCGCACAGCCAUGAUGUCUGAAUUAUUUCAUAAAAACCUGUAGCCAUAAAAAUCCUAGACACCCUUCCAGUCACUUAGCAGCCCUACUGCUCAUGGUGCAGAUGAGGUUGGAGGAGGACAUAGAGCUAUUUUUGCAGCAAGCACGCUUCUCUUCAGCUUUCUGGUGAUGUUCAUAGUAUAUAUUAAAUUUUACGUAUUUGCUUCCAGUGCUGUGGUGGUAGUUGCCCUCCAUGUGAACAGACUUGUAACCGAACCCUGAAUUGUCGGAAUCACAAAUGCCCAUCACAGUGUCACAGAGGUAAUUCAUGUAACAAAUUACCAUAUUUUGUUGUUGUAAGAAAAGUGAUAGAGAAAUAUCUUACAGCCUUAUUAUUCAGCCAGUCAUGGAGGUAGUUUUUACUUUCCAUAUGAAUCUUUGGAAAAUUGCUUACUCUCUAGAAAUAAACAUUAGUCAGGCAAUUUCUCACUUUGCCUAAAGGUUCCCUAGUGCUUCACUGGUGGGUGUGGUCAUAUUUAUAACCAGUGUCCAUUUGUUCAAAUAACAAUAAUACUGUCUGCCAUUUAAAUCACUAUCCUAUUCCAGUAAAACCAACUGUCCUCUAAAGAGGUAUUUUUCAAUCAGGUGAAUGCAGUGUGGUUACAGAGGAUCAAUGACAAUUCAAUUUAAUAUGACAUGAUUGCUUGUAGGCCAUUGUUACCCCUGCCCCCUUCCAGUGGACAUAAAGUGUUUCUGUGGUGCAACAGUGUUAACUUUACCAUGUGGCCGUGAAAGAGUCACUAAGCCACCAAAAUGUUCUGAACUUUGCACGUAAGUUUUUUUAUCUUGUUCUUUUUUUUUCCCUGCGAAGUACAUUUUAGGAGGAACAUUUGAUUUUUACUGUCAGAAACUAAUUCUUAUCAAUUGUUCUACUGGCUUUUGUCCUAAUUUAAUAUCCUGGCUUUGUUUUAUCGAUCUAGACAUCCACCAGACUGCCAUCAUAAACAACGCAAGGUUAGAAACUAUUAUAUAUCAUAUAAUAUUAUGAAACAGAUAAGAUGCAUAAUAGUUAUUGUGGGUGACAAUUAAGAGGAGCCUGCAAUCUUAAUCUCCAGGUUGUUUUUACGUGUGCAUGGAACAUAUGUAGCUUCAUUUAGACUUCCACCAAGAAUGAAUGGAAUGCACAGAAUGAAGAAACGCAAUCUGACCACGCAUGUUUGGACCUUCUAUCACUGAUCUUUUGUGUUUCCACCAUCCAUCACAUGAAACUUAUGCAAAGAACAGCAUCAAAUUAUUGGAACAAGAGCAUUUUGACUUUCAAUGCUCUUGUCCUGUACACGCUGUUAUUAUGGUUAUUACGAUUACUAUUAUUAUUAUGACAGUAUAUGUGUCUGGGUGUCAUAUACAGGGCUUCCAAUAUUUCGCGCGGUCACGGAGCUGUGAAAUUCUGCAAAAUUCACAAAAACACGCAAAAUACCGCGAAAUUCGGUAGAAAUCUUAUCAAAUACAUGUCUGUACAGCAAUUUUGAAACUUGACUCAGCUACCGGGGGUAUUUACUUGCUGUAAACUCGCAAAUUUAUGUCAAAACUUCAUCACUGAAACGUGCAAACAACGUUCCGAAACUACCAGGCGUAGAUUAUGUUGCAAAAAAACUGGGCACUAGCCAUGAUGUUAAAGGCUUUGCCACUGGUUCAUUUCUGGAGCAUAUUGUUCAACCUCUGUUUAAUAGAAAAACAUUAAAAAACGCUGGUCUGAUCAGUGUGAAACCGAUCGAUUCCUAGCGAAAUUUGCCCGAAAAUAACCACAAAAUCCGCCGUUUUUUCACGGAUUGCUUUUCGGCCAAGUUUGCCCCGAAUAUUCCUGGGAAAUUCCUGCAAAAUCGGCCGAUUUUUCCACGAUUUUGGCCCUAAAAAUCCCGCGAAAUUUAACUUUUUUUCCGCGACCUGUCAGAAGCCCUGCAUAUAGCAACAACCACCAGGUGCAUUGGAAGUGACCCUGGGGCUCUAAGGAAGAGCCUCAGAAAAAAAUAAAUUAACAUAAAUGAAUAAAUUAAUGAAUAAAUAAAUAAAAUAAAAAUUAUAUAGAGAAUAUUACACGGAGGCGAGAAGAUAUGAAUUUUAUGUUCGCGUGGCAAGAACAAUAUCUCACAAGUGAGAUAUUGCUCUUGCCACGAGAACAUAAAAUUCAUAUCUUCGAGCUAACGUGUAAUAUUCUUUUUAUUAUAUAAACAUACUGAUGACGGCGUUUUUGAUGAUUUUCCGAAGAUUUCCGACCACCUUCCGAAGAUUUCCGAAGAUUUUUCAAAUUGUCCCGAAGACCAGACGAACGUUCCCGAACAUUUUCCGAGAAUUCCCGAAAAUUUCCGAAGAUGUCCGAAGAGUUCCGAAGAUUGCCGAGCACUUUCGAGGAAGACCCAAAGAUGUUUCGAUGAUACACCAACGAAUUUAAGUACAAUUUAAGAGACAAACCUGAUGUCAGUGAAAUUAUCGAUAUCUUCACAUGUAAAAAUAUCGUAUUUUUAUGUGUGUUCAGAUUCCUCAUUUCUCGGUGAUAGAAAUCCUUGUAAAACACUGCAGUUUAUAUAAUAAAUAGAGAAUAAUACAUGGUCGCGCAGAGAUAUGGAAUUUAUCUGCGAGUGUUCACAUCGAUAUCGAACGAGUGAGCACAGCGAACGAGUGAGAUAUCGAAUGUGAACACGAGAAGAUAAAUUCCAUAUCUCCAAGCGUCCAUGUAUUAUUCUGUUUAUUAUAUAAACAAGAAUCAGCCAUUCCAUAAACCAAAACUAUGCCAUAUAGUCGAGAACCCGAUAAAUGUAAUUCAUUGUUUAAAAUACUCCAGUGUAAACUCGGAGCUCUACAAAGUACAGUAAAAAAUAAAUACAAAUAUUAAAAAUGUCCGGUAUCUUGUUCAAAGUAUAAAAGACAAGAUAAAUGGUUAAAAUGUUCUCAAACUAUCAAAUAUCAAUAAUUUCAGAUGUAAAAAUAUCGUAUUUUUACGUGUGUUCAGAUACCACAUUUCUCGGGGGUAGAAAUCCUUGUAAAACACUGCAGUUUAUAUAAUAAAUAUAUAUAUCUGACUGAAUUUAUGUAGACAUGGCUUCAGUGAGUAUCUACAGGUCCUCAGCUAAGUAUGUUCUUGUUACCAAGACUUUGACUUUCCCCACCCAGAACACUGGGUGACUGUCUGCCCCUCCCACUGAGCUCUGCAAUUAUCAUGAUAUAAACCAUUGUCAGCAGAGGCCUGAUUCAGCUGGCUAGGGCAAAGUAAGAACAAGGCACUUGCCAGUCAAAGCCUUAAAUAGUGAACACUGCUGCCUACUGAAGGGGUUGUGCCAAAAUAACCCCCUCCAUACCCCACUAAAUUUGCCCCCAGGCCUGAUCCACCCACCCAAUGUUAGGGCAGUCCCUGAGCCAUCCAGCUGUACCAACCAAGACGUCACGCCCCCUACUUUUUUGGACACUGCACUGGCCUGGGGCCGGGCUGUGCCCAGUGCCAGGCGAAAACCUAGUGGCCACGUUUUAAUGAAAUCAGACAGAUAUACAUAUAUUUGUAUAAAUAAAUAAAAUGAUAAAACGAUAAAUUUAAGAACAAUCUACAGCUAGUAAUGCUAAAUGUCCAAGUGUGUAGAUUUCCUCUGUUCUUAAGAUUAAAAAGGUAUAUGUUGUAGUAGUUAAUUUUUUAUUUUAGUUAAUUCUUGUUUUUCCUUAGUUUUUGGGUAAGGUAAUGUAUGCUAAUGAAUUUGAAACAAAGGAAAAACAAAAGUUAACUGAAAUCAAAAAUUAACUACGACAUAUAUUUUAUUAUUAUUAUUAUUAUUAUUAUUCUCUUUUAUACAACAUAAUCUAUGAACCUAAAAAAAUGAUAAAGACAAGGAGGGUCAUUGGGCAAAAGUUUCCUCCCAAGAUAUGUACAAAAUUCCAGGCAUAUGAAAAAUCCCUCGAGAUCAGUGAGAACUCAGUCUCAGUAAGCAGUCAUUAUAUAAUUUAAAAAUAAUCUUCUCAUUGUUUUUAGCCUCAUCGGUGUCAUUAUGGUGCAUGUCCUCCCUGUAGCCAACGCUGCGAUCUUGUACAUCCUUGCAGGCAUACCUGUCCUGCUCGUUGCCAUGACAACAAACCUGAUCCAUCUAAGGUCCCUAAGGUCAGUUCUUUUUUAGUCUUUAAGUUGUGCAUGCUAGUGAAUGUUCAUGAAGGCAACAGAGGCAGAUCCAGAAAAUUCAGAAAGGGGUGAUUGGGACACUUGCCCACUUGCCAGCUACAUAGCUACUUUUUAUUUUCUGAGAAUUCUUUUAAAAUAAUACAGAAUUUCAGAGAAAAAGGAGUGGCCAUGGCCCCCUUGGCCCACCCCCUAAAUCCGCCCUUGGGUAAUGCUCUCAAAAAUGACCAUCCUGCAAUAUUAUUGCAAAGUAUUAGGAAAUGUUAUCAUAUUUUCAUACAAAGUUGUCAUUUUAUUUCAAAUCAAUUUUUUUUUCUCUGCCAUUCCAACUUAUAAAUCAUAGGUUAAAGAAAAUGACCAUGAAUAUUGGUUAAAACAAAACCAGGCCUCUCAAGUCAGUUAGUUGUAGAGCACCUGUACUAGUACCAAGUGCAGGUGAAGUCAUAUGCCCACAUCCUGUUGGAAGACCUCACAUUUUGUUUCUGAGUCAACCAUGCCACUGACUAAAAAAAUGUCAUCCUCAAUAGGCAGAUUAUCUGACAGACACUUAGCUCUCCUUUUCAGCAAAUUAUAACAAAAUAAUUGGUUCUGUUUGCUGCAGUUAAAUUUUUAACAGGUAUAUCGAUGCACGUCUGCAUGACUGACUUUUGAGGUUUGUUAUUUUUAGACACCACUGAAUGGUUGGCCUGCUGGGUUUAAGUCUGCCGCAAAUCCUACUGAGUUUGUUCCGAUGCCAUGCCCACCAUGUGCUGUUCCAGUUGAAAUGUGAGUAGUUGUGCACUCUGACCCUGCCAGACCUCCUUUCCCAUUUCCAUUUUACAUUUAUAUUGGUUAGUUAAGUCAGAUAAACACAUAAAUAAACUAAGCGAGGGCAAAGGACAUCCUUUGUUUCAAUCACUUCCCAGAAUCAAUCCAGCAACAUUUUGUACUUUUAGGCUUAGGCAUGUCAAACUCACUUUUCCAGUCUGCAAUGCUGAUCACUUUUAGAUCGACUUAGCUAUAAUUUAGGAUAGGAAUUAAAAUGUAAUUUUUGCAUUUUUAGUUUUUACUCACUAGUUAGUUUUAUAUAAAAGGCCAAGUAACACUAGUUAUAUACCUUUAUAAAUUAUAAGUGAAAUAAAGAUUAUUAGACAGUGGCAUUUUCCAAUGAAAAAACUCUAACGUAGUUUUCAUUUGAAGUGUCACACCUACAUGAAAAAGACAAAUUUUUUAUUUACAAAUUUAAGAGAAAUAUCAUCAUUGUAAUUUAUUUAUCACUGUCAUAAUAUGUCAUUCAAAAUACUCAAACAGGUGGGCUCUUGAGCUUAAAUAGGAAAAUAUAUUUGUUGACAAUAAGCCCAGCCUGUGUAAUGUUCCAUACUUUACCUUAUGCAUAUUAUCCUUAAGUUGUUUAAAUUAAGCAUUUAAUUAAUAUGCUUUUUUAAAUUAUGAUAGGAGCUGCUUUGGAAAACAUGAGGUAUGUGGUCUACAUGUAGAAUGUCGGGGUUUUUCAAAAUUUAACUUUAGUGUUUUAUCACAUUUAUUAACAUAAAAAAGCCUAAGAAUAAAUUUCUUUGUCAUAGGUCUCCUCCCUGCCAUGUCACUGUGCCAAACCAUUCUCUUGUGCACGAGCCUGUGGACGACAGUUGCCAUGUGGAAACCACACAUGUCAGUUGGAGUGUCAUGUUGUUAGUAAUGCCGCCACCAAUGACCAAGAGGUAUGAGUACUGAAAAGAGCAUUAAGUACUGUAAGUUAAGUGAAAGUUAUGGAAAUACAUCCUCACCUUUCUAUACACAUCCCCCCCGGACAGAAAAGAAGUGCACUUCAAGCUAUUCCAAGCCUCCAUAGGAAAUUAAUGAUGCACUUUAUUAGCGCAAUUUUAAAAAAAUUGCUUUAAUUUAAUGCAUCUUGAUUUACAUCGAUGUUAAUUUAAAUCACACUAUUUUACAUUUUUGUUGUUUUACAGCACCUUUAUGUUUCAAUAACAAAACCUCGUCUGCUCAUAGUUCCUUUAUCACUAUACUGAUCUUGUACUUUUCAGAAGAAUUUAGAUCAGUGCUUAGUGACCUUCUGAAAUUAAACCCCCUUGAGGCAAAAAUUAAUGAAAACAACAAAAUCAUCUCGUGUUUUCAAAUCUUUUUGACACUUUAAAACCUGAGCCAUGCAUGUUAUGCCAUGUUUGCGCCUCUUGUCUUAAAGUGCUCUUCAAAAUAGUCCUCAAUUCCUCAACACUAUAUUAACUGCAGUCAGUAACAGUAGUAGUAAUUAUAGUUAUUGAGAACAUUUCACUUACCAGUAAUUUUUUUGCCUGUUGGAUAGGCUGGUAAGGAAUGUCAAGUUUGCGAGGAACCUUGCACCAAGCCACGCCCAGAAGGAUGCACCCAUGACUGUCCACUACCAUGUCACAAAGGUGACAAUUUAACUGUCAUAAAAGUCAUUUGUUGGAUGUUAGCUUUCUGAGAGAAAUUGCAGCAAUGAUUAAAAAAUUAUUCUAGCAUGUGAAAACUGAAUUGAGGCUGACAUAAUAUUGAUUGUUUAUUUUAGGUGAUUGUCCAAGUUGUAAACAGGUGGUAAAGUUGUUAUGUCACUGCAGACUGAUGCCAGUUUAUGUGUCUUGCAGGUAUCAAACAUCUUAUUACUUUGUAAUUAGAGACCUUGAGAUACACCAUUCCAUGUACAGGUAGAUUUGCAAGCAUGUCCUGAUUAACGUUCUUGCUUGCAGUUUAGUUUUCUCACUCCUAGUUGGCUUUUUUCUUGCAUCACAAUAACAUUCCAGAUAUUUUUUUGGUGUUCACAGUUUUCCUGGUUGACUGCAAUACGGACAUGCGUUAAUGCAGACAACUGUUUUCUUUCCCAAUGAACAGCUUGUCAUAUAAAGUCAACCUCGCUAAUGCGGACACUUAAUUGUGGGUUAUAAGAUAAAAAAUUCUUCAGGUGACGUUAUGUCGAUAUUCCCAGCGCUAUAGUAUACCAGAUAAGAUGAACUGUGGACGACAAUUAUUUUUGUGGCCAAGGCCAAUAAACUGAAGGUUCAUGUGACAAAAAUCCUACAUACUGCUAGGACAAGAAUGCUGAUAUGUGCUCAUGUGUGAUGGUGAAUUCUGAGCCUGGUGAAUAUGUAAGAAAGAUAAUUUUUUAAACAGUCUCAGUAGAAAUUUUCUUUUCUCAGCCAGUGAUACAAAGUGCUUUUUACUGAAGGUUAUAUUCCCCCUGGCCACCUACCACCUCAUUUGAAUUGGAUUUUAUGCCCAUUUGUAUUUUUCUCACUGUUUACCUCAACUUUCAUCCUCUUUAGUGAGCUGACUUCAUCUGACGAACAAACAUGUAAUGAUCUAACAUCCUGUAAAAAUCAGUGCCCAAAGAACCUUGCUGCGUGUGGUCACCGCUGCCCAUCUCUAUGCCAUGGCGGGUCCUGUCCCUCACCCAAGACAUGUAGCAAAAAAACUGCUGUAAGAUGUCCUUGCAGACGGAAAAAGAAAGUGAGCUUGUUUUUAAUCUAAUACCGUAAAAUUCCGAAAAUAAGCCCCGGAGCUUAUAUUUUUUAAAGGCCCUUUUUGAGGGGCUUAUAUACAGAGCAAAAUUUGCAUUUCAAAAUCGAUUGGGCUAGCCUUAUAGUUGGAAGUAAAUUUACCAUUUUUGCUUUGUUUUUAAUACUUUGUAUUUGAGGGCAAUUUUCCAAGUACAAGCCCCCGGGGGGCUUAUAUUUGGAGGGGCGAUUUAACAGAGGGUUUUUUGCAUUACGAGUUUGGGAGGCUUAUAUUUGGAGGGGCUCAUACAUGCAGGGGGUUUAUUUUUGGAAUUUUACGGUAUUUGUUAUGAAUAGUUAUGUUCCAAAGAGUUUCUCAAGCUAUCUGUUUCCUGCAAUUAUAUAUUUACUUCCAACUGAACUUUGAUGGUAUCUGUGCUUUUCUCCAAAGUCAAAGCAAUAUUUACUGUGUAGCUAACUCAAAAGGGAACACCCAACAAUUAAUCAGCCAAUCACAGGUCAGUAUGACAAGACAGGAAUUUGAGUUUAGUAGCUCAACGGCCAAUGAAAAAUUUCAAAGUGUUUGUCAGAGUGGUUAAGAAUGCGCAAAAAAAAUUACUCGCUGGAUUUCAUCUAGUUUUUGAGAAAUUUCUCUGACAAAAAAAUCUGUUUAUAUCCUGAAACCGUGCUGAGAAAUAGGCAAAUUAAGUCAGCCCCAUACAAUAACAUUGUUAAUCAUGACUACACCAAAAUUCUCAAAUCUGAUUGGCUAUCAACUGUCCUGAUUUAUAAUCAUGCUAUGCGGUCGUCUGAUUUUGUUAAUCACUCGUAUGAUUACAGACCGAAUUGGACUCCACUCAUCCCUAUUAUCAUUAGUAAUAACAGAUUAAUUACAGAACAUCUUGUUCAGCAUUCCAGAUAAAAUUUGCUUCAUAGGUUUCUGCUUUAUGUGUCUUCUUAAGGAUUUCCCUUGCCAUGUAGUCCAGAAAGGUGAAGCUAAAAUGGACUGUGACAAAGACUGUGAUGCAUUUAAAGCAAGUCAAGAGAAACUGGCCUCAAAGGAAGAUGAAAUCAGAAAAGAAAAAGAACGUAAAGCGCAGCAGGUAAUAAAUUCCUCUCUCCUACGGCUGAUCUUUCCGCCAAUUCUUUACUUUUACUCGUGCGCCUGGCAGAAAAAAAUACUUGUUAUAAGAUGGUUAGUUUCCAGAGCUAGCAAAUCUUGUAGAAGACUGAAUAAGUUCUAUACUGUCUUUAGUCAAGCAAUUAGGGACCUUAAGAUCCGACGACGGCGACGGCUACGGGAACGCCACCAAAGCAAAAGGUUUAAUUAGCAAAACAACAAUUUUGCACGUGCAUCAUGCUUUUUUGUACAUUUCUUUGCCGUCACUGCACGACUACUACGACGUGAAAAUGCUUAAUUUUACGAUGUACAGAGGAAGUACACAAGCGACGACGAGAUUUCCUCUCUCUUUCUGAACUUGGAUAUGGUUCUUAGGACUUCAACUUUAGGAGGGGUUGCCUACAUUUGACAAAGUUAGUGACUUAGAGUAAUCGCGAUGAAGAUUGAAAGAAAGCGAAUUCACUUUUUCAACGAGUUUUCACUGCCUUCACCGUCCUCGGAUCUUAAGGUCCCUAUUAUUUUAAUAAGGCCUUCAUUAUUUAUGGCUUCACUUUUUGGGACAAAGUGUUCUUAACUCAGGAGAUAAAGAGUGAUCCAGUUAACACAAGGGCCACAAUGGCCACAACUACCACGACCACAAGGACCACAACAGCAAUAACGACCACAGGGAUUGAAGGGCCACAAGGACCACAAGGACUUAGCCUGUGUAGCAAGCGUUUCCGUGUGGUUUCGGAGCAAAGAAGGACCAAGGAACAAGAUUUUCGGUUUUGGUCACGCAAAAAAUGGAACGAGAGCCAACCCCGCUCUUUUACUCGCCCCAUUUUUUGUGCGAUCUUUGACUCUCAUUCCUUUUUCUUUGCUCCGAUUUGACCCAGUAUAGCAUCUCGACCUAACAAUGCAGUAAAACCGAGAAAGGUGGGGCAGAAUCGCCAUUUCAGUGAUAAAGCCCGCUUCGAAAACAACUCCAAAUUUCAUUCAUUUGGCGCACUCAAAUAACUCCGUGCUUUUGACUUGGUACGUCAUCUUGUUGUCCUUGAUGGAACCAGGGUAGCCUGCGAGCAGGCUGACGUUCCCCGAGCUAAUCUCGUCCCCAGAGCCUCCGUUACUUUUGUCCAGCGGAAGGGGCAUCCCCGUUACUGUACAAGAGGUUUGAGCCUGCUUGCAGGCUAGAACCAGGGUGAUGCAUGGGCUCAUACCGUAAAAUUCCGAAAAUAUGCCCCGGCGCUUAUAUUUUCAAAGGCCCUUUUUGAGGGGAUUAUUUUUGGAGGGGGUUAUAUGUGGAGGGGCUUAUCUAUGGAGGAAAAUUUGCGUUUCAAAAUCAAUUGGGAAAGCCUUAAAGUUGGAAGGAAAUUUACCGUUUUUGCUUUUUUUUACUUUGUAUUUGAGUGCAAUUUUCAAGUACAAGCCCCCGGCGGGCUUAUAUUUGGAGGGGCGAUUUAACGGAGGGUUUUUUGCGUUACGAGUUUGGGGGGCUUAUAUUUGGAGGGGCUUAUACAUGGAGGGGCUUAUUUUCGGAAUUUUAUGGUAUAAUCUAAUUCAAAAUCGAGCUGAAAAUGCAGGAACUUGCUGCAAAUGGCCACUUUGGGUUCCACAGGAUAACCAAGAAAGACAGAAAUUCCAAGAUUAUGAAUUGCGUAUAUUAAUAAUACAUAAAUUUACAAGUAUAUUAAUUUUUCUUGCAGGAGGAACUUGAGUGGUUUGAGAGGAAACAGCGUGGAAAGAAACGAAGACCAAGAAAACAAGUAGAAGAAACAGUAGAACCAACCUGGUUCCAGCGUCACAUGUUUACCAUUGUAAUGGUGUUAUUAGCAGCUGGCUUAGUUUCAGGACUUUUUGUGAUUGCAGUGACCUAAAAACCUUGAUAGUUUAAAAGAAAUGAUAAAAAAAUAACCCUAAAUUCAGGGGCACCCAACGACAAUUUUCAGAAAAUAUCUGUUCGGAAGACGAUUUGAGAUCUAGAAUUUUCGGAACAUAUGAUGUAAAUUUCUUGCUUGCCUGCCUCUCCUAGGAUUUUCGAACAUCUAAAAAAAUGGUAUAAUUGCCUAUUUUUAUCGGAUUUUUACCCUGUAAAGGUCACAUAGAAUUUACAGGAGCCUUUUUUCUGGCUGGAAUUUUCGGAAAGGUAAGUUUUGAUCCUUAUAAUUUUCGGAUCACAAGACUUUCAGCUAGGACCAUAUUCUCGUUGGGUGCCCCUGUGAAUUGAAGCACUUUCCACUUUUCUAUGCUCAAAACACCAAUUAAUUUGAUAAAAGCAGGAGCCAUGCUAAUUUAUUGUGGGAAAGUGAAUGCGG